AUGCGUGGACGUCUGAAUGGUGAUGAUGAUGAUUAUGAUUAUGAUGAUGGUGAUGAUUCGACCGACGACCGAACCCCGCGCGCGCUCGACGGUGACGCGUACGAGCGCAUGCUGGACGACGCCGAACGCGCGUGGACGCCCGUGAACGCGCGCGGGGCUUCGAGCGGGGGCGUUCGUGGGUUUCUGCGCGCGUUGGCGACGGGACGGGACGACGACGGCGGCGCGGCGCGGGAGGACGACGGCGGCGACGAUGAUUCGGACGUCGAACGCGUCGCGCGGGCGAUGAUGGCGACGGGGUUGGGUGGACCCGGGUUGGGGGGGCACGGGACGGUGGAUCCGGAGGAUUUGGACACGAGCGCGUCGAGGGGGUUGUCGACGGAUGAGGCGCGCGGGCGGUUGGCGCGAUACGGCGCGAACGAGAGCGGGACGGGUGAGAUUGAGGAUUCAUGGGGGGCGGGGAGCGGAUUCGACGUCGGGGGGUACGUGCGGGGACUCCUGGGGGGUACGGGGGCGUCGUCGAGGAGGCGGACGUCGAACGCGCGCGCGUCCGCGGCGACGGCUUCGGCGGCGUCGUUCGGCGCCGCGUUGAGGAGAGAAAUCAGAGACCCAACCUUGCGGUUAUCCGUGUUCUCGAUCGCGCUCGAGUUGUUGAGAUCGAUGAACGCGCGUGCGACGUCGACGGAUGAUCCGCUGUUCAACGCGAUGAUUUUGACGAUUUUAAUCGUCGGCAACGCGUACGUGUCGCACGCCGAGCGCCGAGACGCGAUCGAGGCUUCGUACGCGCUCACGAAUUCGUUGGAACAACGGGCGACGGCGAUCAGAGACUCCAAGGCGACGAUCGUGGACGCGAAAACGCUCGUUCCGGGCGAUGUCGUCGUGCUGUCGCCGGGUAAGGUUGUCCCGGCAGAUUGCGUCUCGCUCGGCCCGAAUCCGAUGACGAUGGAUAACUCAGCGAUCACGGGCGAACGACACACGGUGGAAGCGACGACGGGUGAGCCGUUGUUGAUGCGGAGCGUGGUGAAACGAGGCACCGCUCGAGCGCUCGUGGUGCGCACUGGAAUGAACACGUUCGCGGGUAGAGCGGCGUCGCUCGUGCGUAAACGCGAGCGCGCGCGCAGGGAGACGUCGGCGUUCGACGACAACGUGCGAUUGGUCACGCGAAUGAGCGCCGCGACGGGGGCGGCGAUCACGCUCGCAGUCUUCUUAUAUCUCAUCGUCGACGGGCGUGACUUUUUCCGCUCGCUCGCUUUUUCCGUCGUGCUCUUGAUCAGCGCGACGCCGCUGGCGAUUCGCACCGUGACGGCGAUGACGACCUCGCUCGGCGUUCGGGCGUUGGCGUUGAAAUCGGCGAUCGUGACGCGGAUGAGCGUCGUGGAGGAUUUAGCCUCGAUGAACGUCCUGUGCGUGGACAAAACGGGUGCUUUAACGCGGGACGCGACGAAAUUGGACGACGUCGUCCCGACGGUGCCGCUUUUACAAGGCGUGAGCGAGAACGACGUCAUGACCGCGGCGGCUUUGGCGACGAGAUGGAACGAGCCGUCGACGAACGCGGUGGAUUCCAUGAUUCUAGAUGCCUUUGACGUCUCCGCUCUGGCGCAAUACGAGCUCGAAGCGCACAAACCCUUCGACGCCAGGUCCGGGCGAAGGUUCGCGGAAUCCGUCGUGCGACGGCGCGACGGAUCGACGUUUCGAGUCAUCAAAGGUCCGACCGAGGAGACUUUGAAACUGUGCUCGAACGGCGAGGAAGUGCGAAACGUAAUGACGGACGCGAUGGAGCGGUUACAAUCGCGAGCGCAGCGCGGGGCGAUUUCUCGAGCGCUCGUGGUGGCGGCGUCAAAGACGCACGACGACUCCUUCGUCGCCAUGGGACUGGUUAUUUACGAGGACGUUCGCAGGCGAGACGCGAGCGAGAUGACGCACGCGUUCGCCUCGCUCGGGGUGGACGUGAAGAUUGUCACCGCGGAUGACGCACGAACGUGCUCCUUGGCGUGCGAAAAGAUUGGAUUCAUCGUCGCCUCGAGCGGGGUUUCGUCGCCGUCCGACGUCCCGUACGUGCCGCUUCGAACGAGCGUGCUCACGCCCACGCAGUGCGACGCAUUGCACGAGCAGAACGCUUAUUCGAACAUGCUAGCCGAGGAUAAGCGCGCUUUGAUCGGCGCGCAUCGUGCCAAGGGUGACGUCGUAGGUCUCGUGAGCGACGGCUCGUCGAGCGACGUCGCCGCGCUCAGAUUAUCGCACGUGGGCGUCGUUUCCAGGGACGCCACGGACGCCGCAAAGUGCGCCGCCGAUGUCGUGCUCGCCGUACCAUCCCUGGCGGUUUUGGCGCACGCCGUGCUAGCGUCUCGCGUCAUGUUUGCGCGCGUUCGUGAUUACGUCGCAUUCCGAGCGACGUGUACGGCGCACAUCUUGGGAUUCUUCGCCAUGGGAGCCUUAUUCGUGUCGCCGAAAGCUUUCGACUCGACGUGGCCGGACACAUUCACCUUACCAGUGAUCGCGUUAUGCGUUGUCCUUGCCCUGGACGAUCUCGUGGUGAUCGGUGCGGCGUACGAUCACGCCUCACCGUCUCGAUUACCCGAGCGAUGGCGCUUGGCGCCGGAUGUCGUCGUCGCCGUCGCGAGCGGCUCCACGGCGGCGCUCGGUUCGAUCGCCCUCCUCGUCGUCUCCCUCGGCGCAUUCGCGAAAUCCACCACGGAUGAUCCUACAGUGGCGUUCGGUAAGGCGCAAAUGUGCGUGUUCUUGAAGAUUGCGCUCACCGACGCGAUGAGCGCGUUUAGCGCCCGGACGCGAUCGUCCUUCGUCGAACGCAGACCGGGAGGUUUACUCGUCUCCGCAUUCGCGACGUCGCUCACGGCAUCGUGCAUGCUCGCUGCCAAUUGGCCGUUCAACGCUUUGCGUUCCAUCUCUUGGCCAACCGUGGUUUUCGUCUCGGCGUUCGCGUGCGUUUCCUUUGCCGCGCAGGAUUUCGUAAAGGCGACGACGCGACGCGUGUUGCUCAGAGCGGGUUGGAUGGAAAACGUCGGCGUCGUGAGCUCGAACGAAAUCUCACGCGUGUCCCGAGCGGUCGAUCGCGCGUCCAGAAAAGCGCGCUUAUUGGGAUCGAACGAGUCCGUUUCAGCGUCGAACGAAGAACCGUCGCGCGCUCGCGACGGCUUUGCGUCUCGCGCGGCUGUCGACGACGAUGAAUCCGCGAGAAAACCGCUGCUCGAGAUCGAUUCCGAGGAUGACGACACGAUCGUCACCGGUGACGGAACGUCCGAAGAUGAAUCUUCACGCUUCGAUGAUGACGAUGAGGACGACGAAUCAUCGUCCCGAUUCGACGACGACGACGUUUCCGACGUGGAUGAUUUUUAUAGCGAUUACGGCUCGGAGGCGAAGACGUCGGUUACGGCGGAAGUCCCGGACGUGGCGAUCGCGCAGAUGAUCGAGCUCGAGGAAGAUACGCCCAAACGCGACCGUUUGAGAAGAACGCCCGGGUUUUGUGCUUCGACGCUCACGGAUGUGGAAUCCGUGACGUCGAAGCACGAUUGGUGGAGCGCAUUCGCGGCGCUGCAGCGCGAGCGAGUUCGCGGUGGUGACAGAGUGAACGCCGCAGUGGACGACGACGAUGACGGGGCGAGCUCGAUCAUGGACGGCGACGGCCACGAUGAAGAUGAAAUCACCGACUAUGACGAGGAAUCGUCGUAUUUUGACGAUGCUUCGAGUUUGAGUCGUCGCUUCAACGCCUCGCGAGCGCUGCCGUCGGAUGCGUUAACGGCGCUCGACGCGCAGUGCGGUGCCGGUACAUUCUCCGCCUCUCUCUGUCGUACUCUAUCCGCAAUAACGGAGGAAAAGAUGCGCGAGCGCUUGACCGAUCCAGCAAUGUCUCGGUUGUGCGUCUCGGUCGACUUUUUGGAUGUCUCCGAGGCGGCGCUUCGUUUGGCGUCGGAAUCGCUCGAGCCGCCGUUUCGAGUUGGUGCGCUCAAGCGGUCAACGCUCGCCGCUUUCACAUCUCUCGGCGCGCAGUACGACAUCGUAUAUAGCGCUUUCGGGUUCACCACCGUCCCGAGGGGUAAGGUGCACGCAGCUUUAAGGAAUUUCCUCUCCGCGUUGAGACCUGGUGGAUUGGGCUUCAUCGCCGCCUUCACCGAACAGAGCCACGACGCGAGAUUCUUCGCCAUGUACCACGCCGAGAAGGCGAAAAUGGUGGGAUCUUCGGAGAGCACAGCGUCAUCGGUACCCUUACCGACGUUUGCCGAACAGAUUUGCGACGCACUGAGCGCAAGCGGGGCGUCGUAUAACGUCAACGUGACGUCGCACGUCACCGAGGUGGACGCGAGCGUUCCGGGCGCGCUCGAGUCGUAUCUCCACGGCGUCGCCAUGGAUGAUGGGAUGAGUUUAGACACGAUGAUGUCGAACGCGAGUUUAGGAUCGUACCUCACAUCGUGUGUGAGCGGCGACGGUCGGUUGUACGCGUUCCCGCAGCGCUGCGCGCACGUCACGCUGUGA